GCGCGAAGCUCCGCCUGGACGUCCCGGUGUCGCAGAACGAGCGCUAUAAACAUCCCGCCCUUCGCUUCCUUUCGGUUUGUUCGUGUCGCAGUUAAAAAACUAAAGUCCGGUGAAGGUGAAGAAGUGUGAAGAGGAGCUGAAGAUGGGGCGGCUGCUCUGCUUCCUGCUGCUGCUUUUCUGCCUGUGCUGCUCGGCAGCCGCUAAAGACGCUUCUCCGAAGGUCCAGGUGUACAGCCGGGCUCCCAGAGAGUUUGGGAAGAACAACACAUUGAUCUGCCAUGUGAGCGGCUUCCACCCACCAGAGAUCUCCAUCAAGCUGCUGAAGAAUGAGCAGGAGCUCCCCAACAGCCAGCAGACCGACCUGGCCUUCGAGGAGAGCUGGAAGUACCACCUGACCACACAUGUGUCCUUCACCCCAGACCCCAAGGACAAGUACUCCUGCAGAGUGACCCACCUGCAAGACACCAAAACCUACGACUGGGACGCAGACAUGUAGGGUCUCCUCUGAGCUCCUGAACAGCAACCAUGUGGCUGAGAGUUGUGAGCCUGUUCUCCAUCCCAGCAGGAGGCUGACGUGGGACACAGGGUCUCCAUGUGACUCAGGAACAGUUUGACUACUGUGUCCUGUUGAGACAAUCAUGAGGAAUCACACCUUUAAUGUCCUUCAUCCACCCUGGAGCAGCGUGUGGCCUGUUGCUUCAAGGAGAGCUGAAGAAACCCGCUUUUAAUUGUGCUUGAGCAGCUGAACUUUAGAUUUCAGGACUGUGGAGCCUUACCGUGUAUGGGAAUAUUCAUCCAGUGUAGAAAUAUCCACUUUAAAAUCUGGAUUUUGAUGACGGCUGUAACCUUCUCACUUCAGAGUAGAGCUGGGCGAUAUAUCCAAUAAUUCGAUUUCAUUUUUUCAGUCAAUGUGAAAAAUAUUAAAUCUCAACAUCGUGUUUAUUUCACAAAAUGAAAUGAAGAGCGCAAACAUGAUGAAAAUGAAACUUAAAUCGUGUUUUCUGCCGGCGCUCAAAUUUUUUAAAAUAAAUUGUUCAUUUUUCUCCAGUUUUCCUUGUAAUGUUUUUAUUUCAAUGCAGUGCCCAUGCAAAUGGUCUUGUUAAAGUUACCUCAGAAUAACUUUACUGCCUAUACAGGUAAAUGCUCACGUUUCGGCCUCCAAUAAAAUAUCUUAUUUUUGAAAAAUGUUUAAUUGUGUUUCUUUACACAGAAAAACAAUCGAUUAAAAUUGCUUAUUGGAUUUCAAGCAAAAAAUAAAUAAUAAAAAUUGAGAUUUAACUUUUUGGCUAUAUCGUCCAGCCCUACUUGAAAACGCUGCUGAUCAUGCUGCAACAAGGAAUGGUUUGAUAAGAAUGCAGCGGGUUUGAUUUGUGUAGAUGUGUUUUCUUACUGAAUACCAUUAAAAGAAGUAUUACUUUGGAUUGUUUUUGAUGUAAUAUGUUUGAUUUUGGGUUUCAUUUGAUUUUUUUUCUUUUUUGUGGGAAUUGUCUAAGUACUUUUGUACAACAGAGAAUAUGAUCGAAGAAUUACAAAUAAAGUGUUCAAAACAAGAAGCA